AUGUCCGCCGCCGAGACCGGGCAGAUCAAUCCGCCCGCCGCCUCUUCCAACGAGAAGGACGCCUCCGACAAGCCCACGAACUCCGCCCCAGCUUCCAGCAUGGCAGACGCUCCUGCAGCUGGCGCCGCCAAGGCCCCUUUCCCCCACCCGCUGCCGCAAUGCAAGCCUGCCGUGCCCGCCGUCCUCACCGCCGACCAGGAAAAGAAAUAUCAGGAGCUCCUUGACAGCGUGAAGAAGUGGGAGAAGGUUCCCAAGGCCGCAGCAAAGAAGAGCGAGGAGGAACCGCUGUCGGAUGACGAGCGCAUGUGGCUCACUAAGGAAUGCCUGCUCCGGUACCUGCGCGCCGUCAAGUGGGCUUCCGCCGCCGCGGCCGAGAAGCGUCUGCUGGACACUGUCAUCUGGCGCCGCGAGUACGGCACCAAUGGCUUUACCGCCGACUACAUUUCGCCCGAGAACGAGACGGGCAAGCUCAUCAUCCUGGGUUUCGACAAUGAUGGCCGCCCCUGCCUGUACAUGGAUCCGUCCAAGCAGAACACGGAGAAGAGUGACCGCCAGGUGCACAACCUGGUCUUCAUGCUGGAGAGGGCAAUCGACCUGAUGCCAGCGGGUGUGGAGAGCAUUGCGCUCCUGAUCAACUUCAAGAACAGCACAUCGGCGAAGAACCCGUCGCUCAGCCAGGGCAAGCAGGUGCUCAACAUCCUUCAGGGACAAUACCCUGAGAGGAAUGGCAAGUCCUUGAUCUCAGAGCUUCCCUGGUACGUUUCGACGUUCUUCAAGCUCAUUUCGCCCCUCAUCGAUCCCGUCACCAAGGAGAAGAUGAAGUUCAACGAGCCUUUUGGCAACUUCAUUCCCCCCGUCCAAUUGAUGAAGUCUUACGGUGGAGAGGUCGAGUUCGAGUAUGACCACUCCGUGUACUGGCCUACUCUCAACCAAAUGUGCGACAAGCUCCGCGGCGAUAGGAAAUCCAGAUGGGAAGCUAGAGGCAAGCAGAUCGGUGACAGCGAGUUCAUUCUCAAGGGCGGUGAAGAGGCCGCUCCGGCCGAGCCGUGA